AUGUCUGUCAGAGCCACCUUAGCUAAAUACACGCCUUGUGAUGUUUCCGACGCGUUGGUUGCGUUUGGACUCAAGAACGGAGGCUUCAUUCCAAACCUCGUUCAAAGAAGCCCUAUUGGCAAUAGUCCUAACAAGGGCUACGCAACUGCCGUGGGACAAGCGUACACUGUUCUCUACGCUCCCAAGCUGGAUCCCAGACCAGCAGUGAAACAGUCGUACAUUGAUGAGAUUCCCAAAGACAGCAUGCUUGUGAUGGCGGUUACGGAAGAACUUCAGCAGACAAGCGCUCCUUUUGUCAAGGUGAACAACGCGUUGUAUGGAGGGUUGAUGUCGACAAGAGCCAACUACAGAGAGGCCGCUGGGUCGGUGAUUCUCGGUAGAAUCCGUGACUUGGCCGAACACAACGACCUCAACUAUCCCGUGUGGUCUUACGGGGUAGGCACUACUGCUGGGCAGCCUGUGGUCAAAGUUGUGGGCAUCAACGUUCCAAUUUCGGUGAAGGUGACGGGUGUAGAUGGAGAAGAGGAAAAGAUCACAGUUUUGCCCAACGACUGGGUUGUUGCGGACGAGAACGGCGUGGUGAGAAUACCAAUUGACCAUAGAGAUGGCGCAGAGGCUGAGAUCAAGUUGGACAAAGUGUUGGAGUACAUUCCCAAGAGAGUGGAGGCCGACACCAACGUGAGCAAGGACAUCAAGGCGGGCAAGCCCGCUGCCGAAAGCCAGAAAUUCUGGAGAGGCAAGAUUUAG